AUGAAAUUAUUACUAUCUUUAAUUUUAAUUGUUGCUUUAUCAAGUUCUUUCAUCAAUGCUUUCAAGAUGCCAUCCAAAGGCAUUAAAGAUGUUGAUUGUGCUGCCAAGAUUUCUAGUUUAAGUGGAUAUAACACUUGGUUUGAUGUAGUAUCAGCAAAUGGAGUAUAUCAAAAUGGGGACCAAGAGGGACAGGCUUCAUUUUAUGAAUCUGGUUAUGUCUCUGUAGACUACGAUAACAAUCAAGUAUAUGUCAUGUUUGGCCUUAAUAUCGAUGGCAAUGAUGUAGUAGGUAAAACUUGGUUAUUUUCAAAAAAUCAAACCCAAUAUGUAAUAGUUGAUGAUCAAACUUGUAUAAAAGUUCCAUUUACCUCAGGAAUUCCAGUAACAAAUGAGUUUACUAAAGUUGGUGAAAUUAAUCUUGGUAUGAUCAAUACCCAAAUCCUCCAACCAGCAGCCUCAGACUCACUAACAAUUCAAGAAAUUUUUGUUGAAACUCAAUACUGUUCACCAAUAGCUUCUAAAAUUGCUAAUGCCCCAAAUAAAACACCAGGUUCUACAAUAAUGAAUUUUUACAAUUACCAAAACAUUGUUGCCCCAGCAGAUUUUGUAUUGCCAGCCGAAUGUUCUGAUUUAAAUUCAAUCAAACUCUCAUCUCACAAUGAAGUAUUUGGUAAUACUAAAAAUUAUGGAAUUUGUGCCAUUGGUUUUUAUUCAACUUUUCGUUUUGGUAAAUUAUUUACCAAAAAAAGCAUCACCCAAGUAGAGAGUUGGGAAAAAGACGACCACCAACUCGAAGACUCUGACCAAUUAGAUGAUUUGGUAAAUUCAUUUGGAAGUCUAAGUGUUCUAACAAGUGAAGAAGAAAUUGAAAAUAAACAACUUAUGGAACAAUAUUCAAAUCUUCUCCAACACUUCGAUAAUACCCUAGAUGAAUGUAGUAAUCAACUAGAUCAACAAUUAAAAAAAUAA